AUGAUUGAAAAUGAUUAUCUUAACCUGUUUUUAUAUCCAAAAAAUGAACACAUUAAUUUUUCUGCUUUAGAAUCCAAAUUUAUCCAAGUAAACGAAUCUUCAGACAAUUUAGAUCUUUUUUUUACUGAAUUGAACAGCUGUGAUUUGUUAUGCUUUGAUAGAGAGCUUGCCAAAUUGAAUGUUUGUAAUGGUACAGUAGAUCUCAAAACUAAAAAAUUUGAUUUAAAAAUUAAAUCCAACAACAUCGCAGUUUCUUGUGGUGUAUGCGCAACGGCUCUAUAUGGAUAUUUUGAUGUUUACCAGGAUUUAACAAGCAAAUUUUGCAAUAAAUCUGUUCACGAAGUUUGUAAUAUUAUUUCAAACACCAACGGAUCCUACUCUUUGGUAUAUGUUUCGCUCCACGGCGGAUUUGUGGUCGUUGCAAAGGACCAACAUGGCUCCAAGUCGUUGCUAGUUUCCUUCGAGCCUUCUUUUACAAUCUCUAACGUAUCAUUUAACACACAUUCGAAAUGGUACGAGUUUCCGCCAUUUGUAUUUCUAGCACUCGGGGAUACUCCAUAUCUCUUCAAACGCAGUCAAAACCACCUGCAUAGGCUGGCACAAACAAAAAAUGUAGACUACAACACAAUAGAUUUUGAAACAAUUUCAUUGGUCGUAGAUAAGGUAGCCGCAUCGCUAGCGGAAAGUAUAUCGCAGUUAGUUAAACUUAGAAUCACCCAAGACGUUAUAUCAAUAUUAUUCUCCGGAUGCGUCGACUCAUCCCUAAUAGCACUUAUCGCACUAAAUAGCUUUAAAGAUAUGUGUAUUGAAUUGAUAAAUGUGUCGUUUGACCCUAAAGCUUCGCCAGAUAGGAUCACCUCGCUAUUCACAUACGAGGAGCUAAUUAGACUCUACCCAGACCGCGACAUUAGGUUAAUACUGGUGGAUGUUGACCCGGAGGAAUACCUGAGAGACGAGCCGGAGAUAUACGGACUCAGUUACCCAAAUCAAACGCACAUGGACCUGAACAUAUCAGCCUCAGUGUACUACGCAGGAGCACUGAAAGGGUACCUGUUUUCCAAGGAGUUCUUCGAAACUGAGUAUUGGUCAACAUUUAAGAACAACACAGCCCUUUUGAAGUCAAUAAACUUUAAAGUAACAGUAUCCAAGGAUAAGAAAUCUGAAAGGGGUGAGUUGGCUGAGGAGAUGAAAGCUGACACCAUGGUCAAUGAAUCGGACUCCGCUAACGCUGAUACGGAUGAAAAGUAUAUAAGUAAGAGUGAGUAUGUGGUAAUGGGCACGGGCGCAGAUGAACUGUUUGGAGGAUACGGAAGGCACGUAUCAGCUAAAAUGUUCAAUGAGAAGACGAGUUUCAGCAGUGAAAUAAACAAGGAUAUUCUGAGGCUGUGGAAACGUAACUUGGGCAGAGACGACAGAGUGUUAAACCAUAGAAAUAUCAAGGCCCUGUACCCGUUCCUUUCAGCCAACGUACUUGAAUGCCUGGGAGAGUUGCCGCUGAGUCCAGCAGUGAUCGUCGACUACCUGGACCCACCAGAGUGGUUCAGACAACUAGGCAUAUACGGGCACAUUGACAGUAGCGUGCUUUUAAACUCCGAGUUUAUAAGUAGCCCAGGAUCAAGGUCAGUGUCACUGUACGUGAACAAGUGGAUACUGAGGGAGAUAUGCCACAAACUCGGCCUGAGGCACUGCUGCAACUUUAAGAAGAGAGCAAUUCAGUUCGGCACGAGGAGCGCCAAAGUCUUCAAUAGAAUACACAACAUGACCAACAGACAGGCGAGUAACAAGGGCGCAGCAACGUUUGUAAUAUAG